CAUUCUGGCAGCCACCAUUAGAUAUGGCGUAAGAUAUUUCUUCAAGACCGGACUGCUGGUGACCUGUUAUUUCUGAUAGCUUUAAGCUGACUUACAAAGAGAAACCUCACGGAGUUCCAUUUUUUUCUGCUAUACACCUUUCUUGGCAUCUGAGUUCACCUUGCAACCAUGUAUGGGAGUUCCCGCUCAGUUGGGAAAGUAGAACCAAGCAACCAGAGCCCUGGGCGUUCACCCAGGCUUCCACGCUCCCCUCGCUUAGGGCACCGUCGGACCAACAGUACAGGAGGGAGUUCUGGAAGCAGUGUUGGAGGUGGCAGUGGAAAAACUCUUUCAAUGGAGAAUAUACAAUCCUUAAAUGCUGCCUAUGCUACAUCUGGCCCUAUGUACCUAAGUGACCAUGAAAAUGUAGGUUCAGAAACACCUAAAAGCACCAUGACACUUGGCCGUUCUGGGGGACAUCUGCCUUAUGGUGUUAGGAUGACAGCUAUGGGCAGUAGCCCCAAUAUAGCCAGUAGUGGGGUUGCUAGUGACACCAUAGCAUUUGGAGAGCAUCACCUCCCUCCUGUGAGUUUGGCAUCCACUGUACCUCACUCUCUUCGUCAGGCAAGAGAUAAUACUAUCAUGGAUUUGCAGACACAGCUGAAGGAGGUAUUAAGGGAAAAUGAUCUCUUGAGGAAGGAUGUAGAAGUAAAGGAGAGCAAAUUGAGUUCUUCAAUGAAUAGCAUCAAGACCUUUUGGAGCCCAGAACUGAAGAAAGAGAGAGCCCUGAGAAAAGAUGAAGCUUCUAAAAUCACCAUUUGGAAGGAACAGUAUAGAGUUGUGCAGGAAGAAAACCAGCACAUGCAGAUGACGAUCCAGGCUCUUCAGGACGAAUUGCGGAUCCAGAGGGACUUGAAUCAGCUGUUUCAGCAAGACAGUAGCAGUAGGACUGGUGAACCUUGUGUGGCAGAGUUGACAGAGGAGAACUUCCAGAGGCUGCAUGCUGAGCAUGAGCGGCAGGCUAAAGAGCUGUUCCUUCUACGGAAGACUCUGGAGGAAAUGGAGCUACGUAUUGAGACUCAGAAACAAACCCUAAAUGCUCGGGAUGAGUCUAUUAAGAAGCUUCUGGAAAUGUUGCAGAGCAAAGGACUUUCUGCCAAAGCUACUGAGGAAGACCAUGAGAGAACAAGACGGCUGGCAGAGGCAGAGAUGCAUGUCCACCACCUAGAAAGCCUUUUGGAGCAAAAGGAAAAAGAGAACAAUAUGUUAAGAGAGGAGAUGCACCGGAGGUUUGAGAAUGCCCCUGACUCUGCCAAAACAAAGGCUCUGCAAACUGUUAUUGAGAUGAAGGAUUCAAAAAUUUCCUCAAUGGAGCGUGGGCUCCGAGACCUGGAAGAAGAAAUUCAGAUGCUGAAAUCAAAUGGGGCUUUGAGUACAGAAGAGCGGGAGGAAGAAAUGAAGCAAAUGGAGGUGUAUCGGAGCCAUUCUAAAUUUAUGAAAAAUAAGGUAGAGCAACUGAAGGAGGAACUAAGUUCGAAAGAGGCUCAAGGGGAGGAGCUGAAAAAGAGAGCAGCUGGUCUUCAGGCUGAGAUUGGCCAAGUGAAACAGGAACUGUCCAGAAAGGACACAGAGCUACUGGCCUUGCAGACAAAGCUAGAAACACUCACAAACCAGUUCUCAGAUAGUAAGCAACACAUUGAAGUACUUAAGGAGUCCUUGACUGCUAAGGAACAGAGGGCUGCCAUCCUGCAGACUGAGGUAGAUGCUCUGCGGUUGCGUUUAGAAGAGAAGGAAACCAUGCUGAAUAAAAAGACAAAACAAAUCCAGGAGAUGGCUGAGGAGAAGGGGACACAAGCUGGAGAGAUACAUGAUCUGAAAGACAUGCUGGAUGUGAAGGAGCGGAAAGUUAAUGUUCUUCAGAAGAAGAUUGAAAAUCUUCAAGAGCAGCUUAGAGAUAAGGAGAAGCAGAUGAGCAGCUUGAAAGAACGAGUCAAAUCCCUGCAGGCUGACACUACCAACACUGAUACUGCCCUGACGACUCUGGAGGAGGCCCUUGCUGAGAAAGAGCGGACAAUUGAACGCUUAAAGGAACAGAGGGACAGAGAUGAGCGAGAGAAGCAAGAAGAAAUUGAUAACUAUAAAAAGGAUCUUAAAGACCUGAAGGAAAAAGUCAGCGUAUUGCAAGGCGAUCUCUCAGAGAAAGAGGCUUCACUCUUGGAUCUGAAAGAGCAUGCUUCUUCUCUGGCUUCAUCAGGACUGAAAAAAGACUCAAGGCUUAAGACACUAGAGAUUGCUCUGGAACAGAAGAAAGAAGAAUGUCUGAAAAUAGAAUUGCAGUUGAAAAAGGCACAUGAAGCAACAUUGGAAGCCAGAGCGAGUCCAGAGAUGAGUGACCGAAUACAGCAAUUGGAGAGAGAGAUUUCUAGGUACAAAGAUGAAUCCAGCAAGGCCCAGUCAGAGGUUGAUCGUCUAUUGGAAAUCUUGAAGGAGGUAGAAAAUGAGAAGAAUGAUAAAGAUAAGAAGAUAGCUGAGUUGGAAAGUCUCACCUCAAGGCAAGUGAAAGACCAGAAUAAAAAAGUAGCAAAUUUGAAGCAUAAGGAACAAGUGGAAAAGAAGAAGAGUGCACAGAUGCUAGAGGAGGCCAGACGAAGGGAAGACAACCUCAAUGACAGCUCCCAGCAACUGCAGGACAGUCUCCGUAAGAAGGAUGACAGGAUUGAAGAACUGGAAGAAGCACUGAGAGAAAGUGUACAGAUAACUGCAGAGCGAGAAAUGGUGCUGGCACAAGAGGAAUCAGCCAGGACCAAUGCUGAAAAACAGGUGGAAGAGUUGUUGAUUGCCAUGGAAAAAGUCAGACAAGAACUAGAGUCCAUGAAAGCAAAGCUGUCCUCAACCCAGCAGUCUCUGGCAGAAAAGGAAACUCAUUUGACCAAUCUUCGGGCAGAGAGAAGGAAACACUUGGAAGAAGUUCUGGAAAUGAAGCAAGAAGCUCUCCUGGCUGCUAUUAGUGAAAAAGAUGCCAAUAUAGCUCUUUUGGAGCUUUCAUCCUCUAAGAAAAAAACCCAAGAGGAGGUGGCUGCACUAAAGCGUGAGAAAGAUCGCCUGGUGCAGCAGCUUAAACAGCAGACACAAAAUCGAAUGAAGCUAAUGGCUGACAACUAUGAGGAUGACCACUUCAAGUCCUCCCAUUCCAAUCAGACAAAUCAUAAACCCUCCCCAGACCAGAUCAUCCAGCCCCUCUUAGAACUUGACCAAAAUAGAAGCAAGUUAAAGUUGUAUAUUGGACACCUGAUAGCCCUCUGCCAUGACCGAGACCCCCUCAUCCUUCGUGGACUCACUCCACCAGCUUCCUACAACUUGGAUGAUGACCAGGCAGCUUGGGAGAAUGAGCUGCAGAAGAUGACCCAGGAACAGCUUCAGAGUGAGUUAGAAAAGUGCGAACGGGACAAUGCAGACCUUCAGGAGUUUGCCAACGCCAUUCUUCAACAGAUAGCAGACCACUGCCCUGACAUCCUGGAACAGGUGGUCAAUGCCCUGGAAGAGUCAUCCUGACCCUGCCUGACAAGGAGCGGCUAGCCCCCAGCCGAGAGAGUCCAGGAGCCAAGAGAGGAACCACAAGGAACAGGCAUCGAGAAACGUCAUGGUGCCAAACACACUACAAACCACAUCCUGUCUUGCUCACUUGAAGAAGUACGGUUCCAUCUGGUUCUUACUUCUGUCAUCUUACUCUGCCUUUCUGCUUUGAAUGUUAUUUCUGCAUGAAUUUUCUUGCUGUCCAAGGCAGGCAAAUGGCUAUAUCUCCAUGAAGAACUGACCUCCUGUCAUCAGAAGCGGGGCACUGUGGAAGCUGGUGGUUUGCCUUCAGGGGAACGUGAAGUAGAGAGCCCUACUGUCCUCUGACAGGACAGCCACAUCUAGAAUCUAUCCAAAGUUCAGCACAGUGAGAGAAUUCUCACAGUGGACCAGAGCGCUGAGUGUUCUAAUAUCACAAUGGGUGCUUUUUUCCCAAAAGGGUAAAACAAUUUCAAAAAGUGUAGAAAAAGAGGUGGGGAAAGAGAUCAGAGACAAAGAGACAGUCAACUUCCUUUUUACUCUCAUUUAUGUUUGUUUUUCCUGGAUAGUGGUUUAUAGAGUUCGGGGCAGACACCUCCAAGUGUGCCUUCCCCCUAGCUCUGCCUGUUUCGUCUUCCUUGCUCUUUUCCUCAGUUAAAAGGAGGACGAUGUGAAUGGUCUUUCCCAUUCCCUCUUAAUACAUUUUUUCUUGCCAUGCCUGGUUGUUAGAUCACAUAUCUCUGACUGAAAAAGAAGGGCUUGACGUGGAACUCUGUUGUCACUCACUGUGGCCUUACUCCUCCAGUAGACAGUGUUCCUUGGGGUCAGGCUGGUUUCUCCCUACAUCUCCCAGAAUGCCAUCUGCCUCCCUAUACCCACACCCAGACCCUGCAGCACAGUGGUUACUGAAGCAUGCAGUCCAUCACUCACCUUCAUCACUUUGCCCUUGACCUGUGUUCUCAGAAUCAAAGCCUCAUUCACUGCCUGGAAUCUUCUGGCACAAAUGAGUUUGUCUUAUCCCACACACAUUCCGACCUGCAUUCCUUCAUUCAGAGAAUAUUUAUGAAAAUCCCUACUGAGUGUAAGUCAGUGUGUCACAUACUCACCCUUGAAGAUGUCUCCUUUCAGUGAGGUAAAGGUAUGGUAGGUUCUUUGACACAUACUUAGUUGAGUCAGAGCAGUAAAGCAUACCUUCUCCCACCCCCAUCUGAAUAGAAGGUGGCUUUUCUAGAAAAAUCUCUCAAGUCAGCAUAAAGGAACUGAUGGGUUUGGAUUUUCAUUACUUGUUGUAGUAUCCCAUUUGAUGGUCCAUGAUUUGCUAUUUGUUGUUGAUUCCCUUAAAGAGUAUUCUGUUUAGGGGACUCUGAAUACCCACUUGUGGAGAGGUUUUGUUUUGUUUUUGUUUUUGUAUUUUAAUAUGGAACUCAUUAGAACUCAGCCAGCUCCAUGCUGAAAUCAGAAAGUUGUAAGUCCAGAUGAAGGAAUUAGAAUUUUGGAGACAUUUUUCCCAAGUGUAGAUAGUGGCAAUUAUAAAUAAUCAGGCACCAAGAAAUAGACCACAUGACCCAAAGCUGGCCCUUUGACCACCUGUACCACCAAAAGCCCUCUAAACUCAUUCAUCUUCUGAUAAGGGUUUCUGGAGUAAAUGUUUUUGUCUUGUUUCUCCUCUCACCUUCCCCAGUUACCAAAAAAGUUCAUGCUGCAUGGAAAGAUCUCAUAGCCAUCAGUCUAGGAUCUCCCACUCGCUUGUCCCAUUAACUUAACUAGUCACUUCUCCAACUCCCCUGCUUCCCUGCUGUAAAACAAUCCCUGUCCAUGUGAGAAGUUGUGGGGUGUUCCUUAUUAAAGGCUUUAAUGGGCUCUGUUCACAAACCUCAGCGAGAUGCUCUCUACUGGAUUGCUGACAGGGGGAAUGCAGGGGUUACAUGGUAAGUGGUGGUUGGUGGUAGUUACCUCAGUUCUGUUUGUUUGUUGAUUGCCCAUAAGUCUUGCAGAAAGUGCCCAGUAUUUAAGAGCUGAAUAUUAGAAUUUCACCUUACCCACCAUAAUGUGAGGAACUAAGGUAUGAUGAUGGCCUGUACAGGGCUACAGUGGAAUAGAGAAGGAGAAGAGGUUAUGCCCAAGGCAGAGGCCUGGCCCUGGCCCUGGCUGAUGUUCUGUAGCUGGUCUGGCAGGGUCACGUCAGGCUCCCUGGAUCACCAUCAGCUUCUAUCACCAGAUGCAGUGCCUGCCACUCUGGCUUCUUGGUGUGUGGCUCUCACUUUACCUUCUGCCUUCUCUUCAUUCCAACCUCCCUGAGCACUUCCCCUUCAGAAAGACUGAAGCCCAUACAGGUGCUUCUGGGGCAGACAUCCUCUAUGCAGCGCUGCAAGGAAUCUUCAUAAUCUUUCUUGAGUGGCAAUCUAGUAACUCAAAUGAUUCUGGGGACUGUUUCACUGAAGUCUGACAGUAAACAUGGCCUACCUUUAUAUCAUAGGGACAAAAUUAAUUCAGUUUCCAGCAUUGAGAGCACCUCAGUGAGUUCAGAUCAUUCAUUGAGCCAGCAUUUAUUAAGUACGCAACUCCCAUCAUAUUGGGAUUUGUCAUCCCAUGACCCUCGUGUAGUAUCCAUCGGAGAACUCACUGUGAGUCUCUUGUAAUUUACCCCAUACGCAGCCAUUCUGUUGACAAAUCUAGUUGCCCUUUAGUACCUAAAGGUCUGUACCCAAAAUCAGGUCAUUGUGAAGAGGACUGGAAGAAAAGUAUGUGGAAUCCACCUGCAGCACAUGACUAAAGAAAUGCUGUGCCAGGAGUGGUGGUGCAGGCCUAUAAUCUGAGCACUCGGGAGGCUGAGGCAGGAGGAUUGCUGU